UGUAGCUAAUGUGGAUGCAGACUGAGGAGCAGCGGAGGAUGGAGCAGAGCAGAGCAGCAGAGAGGCAGCUGCUGUCUCACAUCGCGGUCUGAUGAAAUAUCCCUUCUGCAAAUUAAGGACCUGAUUUUAAUCUACACCCAGACUGCGGCUCCUUUUUUUCUGUCUCUUUUUAUAUUAAUUUCUACGCUGCCAUCUUCGCACAGGUCCACAUCCACUUCAUCUAGUCUGUCAACACACCAGCUGUCUGUCAGCAGGGAGAAGAAAAAGACAAAAUCCUGUUGAAAAAAACACUCAAAAUUACAUUUUUCAUUCGGACACACCUUUCUACUGGACUGCCCUGUCACUGCUACCAUCAAUAUGGAUGAAGACAAUCACGUUCCUGAGGAUCUGUCCCUGGAGGAGAGGGAUGAGCUGUCAAACAUCCGACGCAGGAAGAAAGAGCUGCUCGAUGAUAUUGAGAGGUUGAAGUUUGAGAUAGCAGAGGUCAUGACGGAGAUCGAGCAGCUGACGUGCGUUGGAGAAAGUAAAACAUCCCAGAGAAACAAACAGAUCGCCAUGGGCAGGAAGAAGUUCAACAUGGAUCCAAAGAAGGGAAUCCAGUUCCUGCUGGAGAACGACCUCCUCCAGCACACUCCCGAAGACAUCGCCCAGUUCCUCUACAAAGGCGAGGGCCUCAACAAGACCGUCAUCGGAGACUACUUGGGCGAGCGGGAUGACUUCAACCUCAAGGUGCUGCAGGCUUUUGUGGAGCUGCAUGAGUUUGCAGACCUCAAUCUCGUCCAAGCACUACGGCAGUUCCUGUGGAGUUUCCGUUUGCCAGGUGAAGCCCAGAAGAUCGACCGUAUGAUGGAGUCGUUUGCAUCGCGGUACUGCGGGUGCAACCCCGGAGUCUUCCAGUCGACAGAUACCUGCUACGUGCUGUCAUUUGCUAUCAUCAUGCUGAACACCAGCCUCCAUAACCCCAAUGUCAGAGACAAGCCCCCCGUGGAGCGCUUCAUCUCCAUGAACAGAGGCAUCAACGAAGGAGGAGAUCUGCCAGAGGAGCUUCUCAGGAACCUUUACGACAGCAUCAAAAAUGAGCCCUUCAAAAUCCCAGAGGAUGAUGGGAACGAUCUGACGCAUACAUUCUUCAACCCUGACAGAGAAGGCUGGCUCCUAAAGCUCGGCGGCCGGGUGAAGACGUGGAAGAGACGGUGGUUCAUUCUGACCGACAACUGCCUCUAUUACUUUGAAUACACAACAGAUAAAGAGCCUCGUGGGAUUAUUCCUCUGGAGAACCUCAGUAUCAGAGAGGUGGACGAGCCCAGGAAACCCAACUGCUUCGAGCUCUACAACCCCAACCACAAAGGUCAGGUGAUCAAGGCCUGCAAGACGGAGGCGGACGGGCGCGUCGUCGAGGGCAACCACGUGGUGUACAGGAUAUCGGCCCCCACGCCGGAGGAGAAGGAGGAGUGGAUCAAAUCCAUCAAAGCAAGCAUCAGCAGGGAUCCUUUCUACGACAUGCUGGCCACCAGGAAGCGGAGGAUAGCCAAUAAGAAAUGAUGACCGUCCACCUUUCAACCACACCCCGCAUCGCCACCAUGUCUGUGACCAAGCAGAGUCCUCUGCAGUGUGUAUGUGUGUGUCAUGUCACAAAGGGUCGCGAAGAGGCCUCCGGUUUGUUCUUUCAGGGCUGGAGGACGAGCAGGUGGGGAGUUUAUUUUUGCACCUGAAGAUGGUCUGCACCUCCUCAGCUCUCGGUUGAUGUGAAUGUGAAGGUUUUAUUUCAUCCGGCACAGACUCUGAACACUGAUGUGAAGAGGGAACUACUGUAUGUGCAAAAGAUUAAAAAAAAUCUUUGCCAAGCUGGAUGAUAACAAAUGGACAACAGAAUGAGGACUACAGCCAUGACUGGAAUCAUGGGAAAUCUCUGCAUAGUGACGAGAUUGCCCUCUGCUGGACACAUAACGGAAUUAAAUCAAAGGGAGGAUUUGAAGUAUCCACCCUCCUCGUACGACAUUCCUUUCAUCAAAACCGGCCUGGUCGUCUGCCAACAACACUCCCAGCGCCACAUUUUAUCAUCUUCACCUCACGUCCUUCUGACAACUGCCAACAAUGUUUCGUAGCGACCUGCAACUACGAAAAGCCUCAAGCUUAUAAAUCAGCUGGUCUGAUUGUUACAGCCCACAAGUGACUGUAUCUGUAUAUGCAAAACACACUGAGUUUCACUAGAAACUCAUAUACUUCAUUUACAGUACGCACCCUUAUUUCCUCUUUGAAGAGCAAAGGAAUUGAUGCAUAAUACUUCACAUAUAUUGAGUGGAAUGACCCAGUUUUCAAAAGCUAUAUACAUCCUAUAUUAAUUCUGUCAUUUUAUGUAUUGAAGAUUCACCUCUGUGUUCAUUUCUUUUGUAUUUAUUUUCUUGAUUUGUUUAACAAAAGAGGCAGCCCCCCCCCCCUGAUUUACAUUAUGCAUGUAUAGAAUAUAUUGUACAUACUGUUUUUUUUCUUCUUUCUUUGUUGUGUUAAUGUAGCAUGUAAAUCAUAAACGGCCGUAGCCUAUACCCGUUCACCUUUUUAGUUUAACAGCUAACAGUUUACAAUAGUGGAAGAGGGACUUUUUUUGUGCAGCUCUUUGCGGAGCAGUGAAAACCCUUCUCACACUGUUAUUGUUACUGAAGAUCAGAUAAUACAUGAUGUUAUAUGAAAGAAUAUGCUGAGUUGGACAAGAGAGUAUAGGACAGACGGGUUCAAAGACAAUUGAGAUACUGGAAUUUUCAAAACCUUAUUCGUGUGAAUGCUGACUGGAAUCUGAAGACUGAUUUUCCCAAACAGAUCGAGACAACUUUCAGCCUGAUCUUUCAUUAGCAGAUGGGAGUUUUGAGGUUUAAAAUGUGGCUCGAUCUUAAGUUUGGGAAAACGGCUUCUGAAUACUUUGAUGAAUAAAAUGACAUGCUGAUCAGAAAAACA